ACAGAGCUUGGGAACAAGAAGGAGCUGAAAUCCAUGCCCUUCAUCACCUACCUCUCAGGCCUGCUGACAGCACAGAUGCUGUCUGAUGACCACCUCAUCUCAGGCGUGGAGAUUCACUGCGAGGAGAAAGGACGCUGCCCGUCCACUUGCCAUUUGUGCCGGCGCCCUGGCAAGGAGCAGCUCAGCCCCACGCCAGUUCUGCUGGAGAUCAACCGAGUGGUGCCUCUGUACGCUCUGAUCCAGGACAACGAUACCAGGGAGGCUUUCAAGGGAGCGCUGAUGAGCUCAUACUGGUGCUCGGGGAAAGGCGAUGUUAUCGAAGACUGGUGCAGGUGUGACCUCAACGCCUUCGAUGAGAACGGACUCCCGAACUGCAGCCCUCUCCCUCCGCCUGUCCUGCGGCUCUCCCCCAGUGUGGAGCCCUCCAGCACGGUGGUCUCUCUGGAGUGGCUGGAUGUGCAGCCUGCCAUUGGGACAAAGGUGUCGGACUAUGUACUGCAGCACAAGAAGGUGGAUGAGUACACGGACACAGACCUCUACACAGGAGAAUCCUUGAGCUUUGCAGAUGAUUUGCUUUCUGGCCUUGCAACAUCCUGUGUGGCAGCGGGUAGGAGCCAUGGAGAUGUCCCUGAAACCAGCCUCUAUUCCGUCAUUUUCAAGUGCCUGGAACCAGAUGGUCUGUACAA